GGUUUUUCCCGCUAUUGGAUGCACUGUUGGUGUCCUCACACUUGCCGUAUGUCAGAAAUCGCCGUCCGCAAGAGAAUCUGAAGCAAUUGAUCUGAAGCACCGGUUGGAGCGAACACACACGCACACACAGGGAGACGAUGAAGCAAAUGCUGUGUGUGUUUCUCCCCCAUUGCUUGUCUUCAGGUGUGUGUGGGGUGGUCGGUUCGUUGACCUGUUUGUUUGUUGAGGGAUGAGUGACGCCGCAUUCCUGCAGAAGAAGAAGGAGGCCCAGCCUGCCGGGCAUGAGAGGCUAGGCCUGCCUGCCUCACGGCAAGCUUUUCCCCCCUCUGGUACUGGUACAGCUGCUGACAUGACCCCUUCCCCUUCAUCGCGGCUCAACACGCUGAGGGACACUAUCACCACUUACGCCAACACCGUCGAGCGGUCGGAGAGGCGGCGGGCGUCCGUGUGGCGGCAUCUGCAUCUGGCCUAUCGAGUGGUGGGGUUCUUCUGCUUCUUCUACUUGUUUCUCGUCGCCUUGAAGUUCCUGACGGUUUCGCUCCUGCUGCUGAGUGUGACCUUCAUCGGGCCGAUGAUAGAAAGGUCGCUGGACCAGCCCUUCUUGCUCAGCAUGUUUGUGGGAGUCAUCGUGUCGACCUGCAUGCUCAGCCACACCACGGCCAGCUCAAUCCUGGUCAGCAUGGUCGCCACGCAGCACAAGGCACUCAGCGUCAGGCACGCCAUCCCCCUGCUGCUCGGGUGAGCUCUCGCUUAACCAGCAGCACGAUCGAUGACACUUAUGUGGGUGUUCGGUUCUCUCGAUGUGUCUGUGUGUCUGUGUGUUUGCAGAGCCAACAUCGGCACAACGAUCGGCCCGCUGCUGGUGUCGUUCACUCAGGUGUCGCAGGCAGCCGAUUUCAAGAACGCCUUCCGGUCAGCGGCGCUCCACCACAUGGUCAACGCCCUCUCAGUGCUGCUCAUCUUCCCCCUGGAAUGGUCCUCCCACUUCCUCGAGCUGUCCGCCAAGGCCACGGCAAUGGUCAUAUGGCGGCACGGGCACUUCGUGUCGCCCAUUGACGCGAUAGUGUCGCCUUUGCAGCACAUGCUCAUCGAGCUGGACCAUGAGAAGCUCCUCCAGGCGGAGGUGGGUGGGGCGGUGGAGGGGUCUCUGGUGAAGGGCGGCGUGCUGAAGGGGGAGGCGUCUGACAACGUGGCUGGGGCGCUGGUGCUGCUCAUCGCUCUGCUGGGGCUGAUUGUGAGUGCGCUGGGGAUGGUGGGCGUGCUGAGGGGCGUCCUGCCGCUGUGUGCCGACCGACUCGACAGGCAGUAUCGGCUGUCUGGGACGACUGGUCGUGUGGGUGCGGUGGUGGUGGGGCUGGUGUGCACGGUGCUCUUCCACUCGUCGACGGUGGUGGUGUCGCUGAUCGCUCUGCUGGUGGGGGUGGGGACGCUGUCAUUCGUUGACUCUUUCCCGCUCAUACUCGGGGCCAACCUCGGUAAGGAGAGCGAGCAGACAGACAGAGGAGCAACGAAUGCGUAGCUGACGGUCUCGGUGUGUACGUCAGGGUCGACGUUCAUUCCUCUGCUGGCCGCGUCGUUUUUGGGUCGGCAGACGUCGGUUGUGCUGGCCCUUCUUAACUUGUUCUUCAAGACCAUGAUGAUCUGUAUAUGGUCAGGGAGGGAGGGAUGACGGCUGUUGUGUGUGUAUCAUCUGUUGUGUGUGUGUGUGGGCGUGUGUGUGUGUUGGUGUCGUCAGGUAUGUGAUAGUUCCACUGCGUAGCGUGCCGCUGCUUCUGGCCUACAAACUGGGCGGGGUUGUCAUUAUAUGGAGGUGGUAAGCACAGGCAUCAACACAUUCAUCCAUCCAUCCAUCCACUUCAUGUCGUAUGCAGGUUUGCCGUCCUGUACGUUCUCGUGGCGUUCAUCGUCAUCCCCCUCUCCCUCAUCGCCAUCACCACUUGCCUCACUGCAGCCAACCCACUGCUCAUCCUCCUGGGCGUCAUCCUGCUGCUCCUCUUCAUCGCCGCGAGCGUCGGCUCCGUCUGGUGGUGGAAGCGCUGCGGCGGGCGGGAGGCGAGCAUGCGGUGGUUCCACUUCACUGACAUGACGACGUUCGACGUGGAUAGAGACGAGAUCUGGGGAGCUCAUGGCGGCCGGCCAAAUAUGUUUGCCUUCGGGUGAGCGGAGCGGGGCGGGGAGGUGGUCGGUUAGCCGGUUCUCAUCUGUCUCAAUGAUUUGUGUGGGUUCUGUGCGUUCUGUGUGCUGGUGCAGCCAGUCUCCCCGCCCUUCAGCUGCCGCAUCAGAGGUAUCCAGCGAAGCGGACGUGACCGACCGCUCGAGAGACCAGCUGCAGGACCACCACCACCACCACCACCAGGACACACGCACACAACACGUCCUCUCCCCCUCCCUGUCGCUCUCCCUCUCAUCGCCCCGCAUCGUCACGCCAAUGCUGGCACCCAGAUACCUCAACUGUCACCACCAGUACUACAACGAACGACCCACCGCCAAAAGCACCACCACUCAGCCCAGCCACGCCCUCAGCAUCACCGACUCAGAGGGCAGGUUCGACACAAGGUGGUCAGCCGGCUUCGACAGCGGCAGCCUCUCGAGCUCCACAGCUGGCGACCUAGCGGUGGAUGGCCAGCAUGUGCAGGGCGGUGGCCAACAUCGAGGCGUCCUGGGGGCCUGGGUGCAGGGGGGCACACACAUGCAUCAGCCGCCUCAGGCGCAAGAGAGCCAGAGGCCGGCGGGUGAGGGCAGGCGGACUGACGAGGGAGAUGUAGACAGGGGGGGGAGAGGGGGGAGGGAGAUGGGAUGGGUGUGAGAUGAGAGACAGCAAGGCAGGCAGGAAGACAGCCAAGCUUGACAUGACAGGGGUGCUUCCUUCCAUAUGGCUGCUGGCUGAUGAGCAUUUCUUGUGCGCUGCAUGGCGGGCGACCAGCAUCCUGCUGGAUGGAUGGAUGGCUGCUCGUGGGCUGGUUCUUCUUUUUCAACCAUGACUGGCCAUGCGAUGUCAUGCCAUGCGCGCCUGUCCAUCCCUCCCUCUCUCUGUCUGUCUGUCUCUCUUGGGUAGGUAGCAACAGCUCUGGGCUUGGUGGGGGUGGGGUGGGGGCGGAGGUUUUGUACAGUACAC